AGAGAAGAGUGCUGUAGACGUCACAGUAGCGCUAUUGGACUCUCGCACGUGUCCCGCCUCUUUCGAACUAGCGCUUGGCGCUGUUAUGCAAUAGUGCAAUCGUCCGUUCAAUCGGUUUUAGAUGGCUGAAUCACUAAGCAGAGCUCUGGGUGAAGUGUCCGUAGCAUCCGUCGCUCUUCCUGAGAAACGUCCACCUGGUACUAUCGGUAGAAAAACUGAGUUCAGGACAAAUCUCACUUCUUUGACGUUGAAACCAAACGUUCCGUUCUAUAAAUAUGAUGUUCGCAUGUAUGUAUUGUACAAAGGAUCAGAUGGUAGAGAAAUUCGAAGAGAACUCACGAAACAGAUCAGAGAAGACUUUCCUGAGCAAGAACGAAAAAUCGCGACUGUUCAAGUGUACAAACAUUUGUUGAAAUUUCAUGUAGAAGUAUUUCCGUCUGACGGUGCUCUAUUCUAUGAUCGUGCUGCUAUACUUUUCUCAGCCGGGAGGCAGCUACCGAGAGUAGGUACAGAGGGAAGAGUGUUUGAAUUGCCUCCAAAUGUGAUCUCAAAUGGCGGACCUGAUGCUGAAGGUGUACGAGUUAUAAUCAGAAGAGUCACAGAAGGAUUUCAAGUCACAUCGAAUGAUCUUCCAAGAACAGUCAGCGUACGUGAUUCGGAUAAAGAUAUCGGUUUACUGGAAGUUUUGAACCUGGCCGUGUCACAAAGAGGCUAUCUGGAAACAACUCAAUUUAUAACUUAUGGAUCCGGUGUACACUAUUUGUUCGAUCAUCGUAGUUUAGGAUUCGAAGAUUAUGAAGUUCCUAAACUUAUGGAUGGGAAGUAUACCGGCAUAGGCCUGACAAAAAGCAUUAAAGCAUUAGAAGGCGAGAAAGGACAAAAAAUUUCAGCGUUUAUUGUUACGGACGUGAAAAAAGGAGCCUUCCAUAAAGAUGAUCAAAACUUGUUCGAAAAAAUAUCGCAGAUGUCGAUUUUUGUGGACCAAAGGUCUGGGCAGUCUCGUUUCAGUGUGGAGGCAGCAAUGCUUCCGUUCAAUCAGAAAGCGAUCCUUCAGUUAAUCAGAGGCCUUUACGUGAGGACACAGUAUGGGAGAAAAAGGACGUUUCCCAUUGGAGGCAUUGGUCAGCCCGCAAGUCAACUCAAAUUUCAAAUUGCUAAGGGAACACAAUGGACGGUGCAGGAAUAUUUCGAAAAGCACUACAAUAUAACUCUAAGGUACCCUCAUAUGUUUACGGUAUCGGAACGCCGCAACCCUCACACAUUUUAUCCCGUAGAACUCCUGACGGUUGCUCCGUCGCAGAGGGUCACCUUGCAGCAGCAGACUCCGGAACAAGUCGUAACCAUGAUUAGGGCCAGUGCAACAUUGCCGCAAAAACGACUUAACCAGACGAGGGUCUUGAAGGAAGCGUUGAACAUCAAGGAUGGCAAUCCGCAUUUGAAAUUUGCCGGAGUUGGCGUUGCCAGCAGAUUUACAAUGGUACCUGGUCGAGUGUUGCCGUCGCCGACUAUCAUCUACGGAAACAAUAAAUAUUUGAAACCUGUCGACAACUGCAAUUGGAGUAGCGACCGAUACCGAUAUGUUGAACCUGCUAAACUGCUCAACUGGGCUAUUUGCUGCACUUUGACCACGGAAGAUAGGCGCCGUUUGUAUAUCAAAGACUAUGCAGAGCGCAUCGAGGAACGAUGCCGUUUACAUGGGAUGGAGACAGAACCAUGCUCUGAAAUCUACGCGCUGGAACCUCAGAACUACGAGACUUUGAUGGAAUGGUAUGCCUCUCAAAAGCAGAAGAACCGCCGUUAUUUGAUGUUCAUCACCUCCGAUAACAUUAAGCAACAUGAUCUCAUAAAGCUGCUUGAAAUCGAACACCAGAUCGUUUCACAGGAGAUCAAAGGUAGCAAAGUUGAUGCUGUUCUCACAAAGAGCCAAACGCAGACACUGGACAACGUUGUGUCUAAGGUCAAUGUGAAACUCGGUGGCGUAAAUUACAAUAUCAUGCUUGGCUCGAAACCAAAAGACCCCGCUAGCAAAUGGCUUGGCGAUAAAGACAGAAUGUUCGUGGGAUUUGAAAUAUCAAAUCCACCAGCAGUAUCAAGGUUCGAGUACGAACGUACAAGUGCUCUGAAAAUGCCUUCGGUGCUGGGAUGGGGAGCGAAUUGUGCAAGAAACUCGCAGCAGUAUCUUGGCGAUUACAUCUACGUCGAACCUCGCCAAGCUGAUAUGAUGGGCCCGUAUCUAGGCGAGCUGAUAGUCGAUAUUCUUAAGAGGUUUCGAGCUGCUACAAAUAUUGCUCCUCGCCACUUGGUGCUUUAUUUCUCAGGAAUAUCCGAAGGGCGAUGGAGUAUGGUCGCUAGUACUUAUAUACAAGCCAUCAAGAAUGGAAUCAGGUCGCUCUCACCAAACUAUAAGCCUCUAAUCACUGCUCUGACCGUAUCAAAGGACCACAAUGAACGUAUCUACAAAGCGAUAAUCAGUGGCAAUCGAGCCUCCGAGCAAAACAUUCCGCCAGGAACCGUUAUUGAUACGAAGAUAGUAUCACCAGUAAUUAAUGAGUUCUACUUAAAUGCUCAUUCUGCUUUUCAGGGAACUGCCAGAACACCCAAGUAUGCUUUAGUGUACGACGACUCUCAGAUUCCUGUUGAUGUGAUCGAAGGUAUGACGCAUGGAUUGUGUUAUCUGCACCAGAUAAUUACUGCAACCGUAAGCUUGCCUGUGCCUUUGAUUGUGGCUGAUCGCUGCGCAAAGCGAGGACACAAUAUUUAUAUCGCCAACUCAAGACAGAGAGACCCGGUUGGCAGCAUUGAGGAGGCAAACAUGCGAUUAGUUAAUCAUGGCCCAUUGCAAAAAGUCCGUUAUAAUGCGUAAAACUGUAAUUAUCUUUUUCUUAGGAAUUCUCUAGCAGGAUCGAGCAUGUAAUGUGACCAUUUCAUCAACCUUAGAAAGAAAGGGUGG